UUUCUGGGAAGAUGCAGCCACUCCUGCUCCUGGUGACCUUUAUUCUACUCCAAGGAGAUGAGGCAGGAAAGAUCAUUGGAGGCCGAGAAGCUAGGCCCCAUUCCUACCCCUACAUGGCAUUUCUUCUGAUCCAGAGUCCAGAAGGACUGAGCGCUUGUGGAGGGUUUCUUGUGCGAGAAGACUUUGUGAUGACAGCAGCUCAUUGCUUGGGAGGAUCCAUAAAUGUCACCCUCGGGGCCCACAACAUCCAAAGACAAGAAAGGACCCAGCAACACAUCACUGUGCUCAGAGCCGUCCCUCAUCCCAAUUACAAUCCUCAGAUCAUCCGAAAUGACAUCAUGCUCCUGCAGCUGAGCCGCCAAAUCCGGAGGAAUCGAGCCGUGCAGCCCGUGGCUCUGCCUCAGGCCAGCAAGAGACUGCAGCCUGGGGACUUGUGCACAGUGGCUGGCUGGGGUCGGGUGAGCCCAAGCAGGGGUACAAACGUCCUUCAGGAGGUGCAGCUAAGAGUGCAAAGAGACCAAAAGUGCAGUGGUCGCUUCGAAUCCUUCAGCAGUGAGACUCAGAUCUGUGUGGGAAACCCAAGAGAAAGGAAGUCUGCCUUCAGGGGUGAUUCUGGUGGUCCUCUGGUAUGUAACAAUGUGGCCCAGGGUAUCGUCUCCUAUGGGGACAGUAAUGGUACUCCUCCAGCUGUGUUCACCAGGAUCCAGAGCUUCAUGCCCUGGAUAAAGAGAACAAUGAGGCGCCUUGCACCACGGCAUCGGAGAACUGCUGACUCCCUCUCUCGGGCACAGACCAACUCAAGGGGAUUUCCAUAGCCUUGAUUAAUU